AUGCUCGUGGAAGAUGAUUUUCCGGUAUGCGGCGAGUGGGGAUGGCGAGGCAUCCUCGGCGUGAUGAAUGAACUCCAACAUGGUGGAAAAUAUGGAGGAUUUGUUGGAACCGGUGGCAGUGGCCUGAUAAUCCACCGCAGCCUGUUGCCCAUUCUCUCACACAUAAUGCGUAUACAUGCUCUCCAGCACUCCCCAAUCCCCCCCUCUGUGCGGUAUCGGCCUGCAGACAUCAUCAUACAAGAUUGCCUUGUGGGAAGGGACUUGUUAUGUCCGCGUAACUCGACAUUGGUCAUCACUUCUCGUCUCGUCAUGGAUCAUAUAGGCGGGAGUGCUAGCACCAUGAAAGGCCGCGUGUAUUCUGCAGACAUGUGGAAAUGUGGUUGGAGGCAUCCGCUUCAUGGCUUUACACAAGUCGAUGUUGUACCGGUUUGA